GCCCUUGUCACCUGCUCCAACAUCCAGGACGAAGGCGGAUGCAAUCGUCAGGACAGCUAUAUUUGUGGUUUGCAGGUUCAAACUGAGCAGCUGAGUGCCUGUGUGAUUAUCAUCAAACAAUUAUAUCGGAUAUCUAUCUGUGACAUUCAUCAUGGGUGGGAAGAUUGAUGCAUAUCUUGACUGCGUGUCACCCUACUCAUACUACGCGCUAUUGCAUCUGACAAAGAACCGGGAGCUGUUGCGGCAAUAUGGUGUAGAAGUUGAAUUCCACCCGGUGUUCUUGUAUUCAGCACUGCACUCUGCUGAUCAUUAAUCACAACUGGUGCUAAUGUCUGAAUAGGGGAGGAAUCAUGCAAGGCUCAGGCAACACGCCGCCAUGGAAGAACGAAAAUAAAGCAAAGUACAGCGCAUUCGACAGCAAGCGGGCGCAAAAGUAUUUUGGAGUGAGCUUUUCGACGCCGGAUUUCUUUCCAAUCAUGUCUUUGCUUCCCCAGCGAUGCAUAACGUAUGUAAAAGACAAUUACCCGCAGAGCAAAUAUGAGAGCGUCUUCAAGGACCUGUUUGUACGCAUGUGGGAGCAGCAUUGGAACCUCGAAAAGCCAGAGAAGAUGGCGGAGUUGCUAGCAUUGCACUUCUCCAAGGAGGACGUACGAGCUAUUCUGGAGAACGCGAGCACGCCAGCAAUCAAGCAAAAGUUGAAUGCCACCACGAAAGCAGCGCUGGAUUCUGGUGCAUUUGGAUGUCCAUGGUACUUGGUGACGAACAGUGAGGGAAAGACAGAACCUUUUUUCGGCAGCGACAGAUUUCACUACAUGUGGUCCUUUUUAGGCGUCCCUUACCACGACAUUACAAUAAAGGAGAAAUCCAGUCUUUAGCUUUGCCGGUUACGAAGGGUAAUCAAUAAGUCAUCUAUUGCUGCAUCAUGAGACAAAGUCCGCCCGUUAACAAUUCGCCUUUUUUCUUGGCGAUGGGGUCCAGAAGUGGGUUUUUCCAUGCAUUCCUUGUUGUAGAAAGCUGUUCUGGCAUCUUAAUCAAGAGAAAUGAUGGGUCAGAAAAAACAAGUUGCGGCACAUACCGUCGGCCCGUUCUUUCGACUGAUCCAGAGCUCGGAGUAGCAAGGCUCCGGAUCCCCUUCCAGUCCGCAAGCAUUUAGUCUCCCUCGUAGGCAUUUCUUUGCCGUGUCCCUACGAGAUUGUGUGCAGACAUGGCAAGACGGAGAUGGGCAAAUGCGUGCAUCUUACGCUUAAUUGCUGCAGUGCUUGUAACUUAGUUACCGCAGGCUGCAGAUGAUCCCGAGUUAUACGCAGCAACGAAUAGCAAGCCUGAUGACCGUACCGAGCACAUCUGUUCUGCUCUUUCGUUUCUUCAUCCAGAUGCGGGGCUCUGACUUGUGUGGUAUGAGGCCACAGCGAGCGUUGCCAAAUUUGGUGGACAACAC